AUGUGCAGAGGAAGAAAAGAAGGUGAAGAAGAAAAAAUAGAGCAACACAAUAUUGCUAAUGUUUUUUCUUGUGAACUUUGUAAAUCAGAAGCCUCUGUAUAUUGUCAAGCAGAUGAUGCAUUUCUUUGUAGAAAAUGUGAUAAAUUGGUUCAUGGUGCUAAUUUCUUGGCCCAAAGACAUAUAAGGUGCAUUAUUUGUGGAGUUUGCAAGAGAUUAACACAUAGAUAUUUGAUUGGAGUUUCAUCACAAGUUAUACUUCCAACUGUUGUGAGUUUUACACAGAGAAGUAUUAGCAAGUUGAGUUCAGAUGAUAAUUCUGAUGAGGACAAUUGUUCAAGAACAGUGAAAGAACCUUUCUUGUUUCUCUGA